AUGGAAGCAAGCGCUACAGCCUGGGAGUUGGACAGCGAUGAGAUCGCCUCUAUCGCUUCUGAGGACUUGCACGAACAUAGACCGAAUCGCUGGACGGGCGCUAAAUCGACAUGGCGCACUCUGACAGAAGAGGACAGGCUUCUCUGGCAAUCAAUGAAGCAGAUUCAAGAUCAGGAUCUUGCGGUGCAUUUAUACAAUGCGUUUGCGCUGAAGCGACGAGGCCGAAAUCCGGAGACAGCGCAGGAUUUGGUCGUCAGAACAGAAUCUGGUGAAGAAGGCGUUUGGGCACCGCCCAAGGCCUGGACUGCAUGGCCGCUCAAACAUAAACAUGUGCCCAAGGAGUGCUUCACCAAUGAACAGCACGACGAAGAUGACCAUUUCACAUUCCGCAAAAAGGAAGAGAUACUACCCAGUACUGAGCUUGAAGAGGAAAUAUCUGCCACUAUCUUGAGAACUGCUAAGCGUCGAUUCCGUAGGAGGAAGAGCAAGAUGGCCAAACCGUCCAUCGAAGAUGAGUCCACGCCUCUACAUAACGAGAGCAGCAACAGCACGCCUGAUCCUAUAUCUCGCGAGUCUUCUGCCAAGCCCGACACUGAUGAAGGUAAAGGAGAAGAUGAAGACGAAAAAAUGGCUGUCGAUGAAGAAGAUACUCGGCGUAUACGUCGCAAUCCAAAAACUUAUGAACCAGUCGAGUCUACCAAUGACGAGGCAUCCUUUGCCCUUUUACGUCCAUCAACGCGACACAUUUUAUCACAGCUGGACAAUACACUAAGAAUACUUCAUAAUUCGCGUCUUACAGGCAUGAAUUAUCUUUCUGAUUCUUCAACUGAAGAGGAGUCAGAUAACCAUAGCCAGAGUGGACAAAAGAGGUCUCGUGGUCGUCCGCGAAAAAAUCUACAUGAGGUUGAAACAUCCGCUUCUACCUCACCAUCAGGAGCUGGUAAAACAAGCAGACGAGGUCGCCCCCGAAAAGUCCAUGUCCCUCUUGCUGGAGAAUCACAUGAAGAGAUGCUUCAACGUGUUGCUCGUGAAUCUCAUCGAAAGAUCCCCUCGACGCUGGAAGACAGAGACGCAGCUUUUGAGGAGUGGAUCCGCAAAGGUGACGAGAUCAUUGAGCGAGAGCGAUCACGAUCUCUAUCGUUGAAACGAGCGACAUCUCAAGGGACAGAGACGGGGGAGGAAUCAAUAUCAGGAACAAACGUUGAACGGAAGCUCUUGAGAUGGGGCUUGCGUGAUUGGAGCGAUGUGCUGGGCGCAGCUGCCAUAGCAGGUUUCCCGGGCGAUGUCAUUGCGAGAGCAACACGAAGAUGUGCUGAUUUGUUUGGUGAAGGAAUGGUAGUGAGGACCCUGAACGAAGUGCCAGCCACUAACGAUAAAGGCACCACCUCCGUCGAGUAUCGCCCUGAGCCUAUCCAGUUAUCCUACUCGGAUGAAGAAGCCGACGACGAAAGCGAUGAUGCCGCAGAUCUCAUACAGCGCCGUAUCGCAUCUCGUCAAGCCUCUCUCGCAUACUCAAGUCGCAGCCCAGACUCUGUUAGAAGCCCCAGCCGUCACUCGACACGCUCUCCAGGACCAACAUCAGCCAUCCGGUCUCCAAGCUCCCGCUCCCGCUCCCGCUCCCGCUCCAACUCUGCAGGGGGAAUGUUGUUUUGCCCAAUUUCCUCGUGCGACCGCGCAGCACAGGGUUUCGGGCGCAAGGCAAACCUUCGACGGCAUAUGGAGCUUAUACAUCAGGGACAGACGGAAGAGCUUGACAGUGACGAGGAGGUUGCAGGUGGUGUGCAUGUGGAUGGCUUCCUCAAGCCUAUAGUGCCAGGAAGGGGCUGGAGAGGCGAGGACACUAUGCAAAGGAAAAGGAAGAGAUUCUACGGUGAUAAACCUGGGAUGAGUCGUGAGACGAGCUAUGAUGAAGAGGAUUUAUCUUCCUGA